AUAGGCUGGUACUGUACAACAUAACGCAAUACCGGUAAAGUAUGACCUUGUUGGUUGAAUACAAUAAAUUCACACGUAAAAGGAUUUAAACACAGCAAAGACUUUUAAAGAACAAGGAAUACAAGAUUUAAACCCGAUUUUGGAACGUAUAAAAACUUACAAAGAUGAAAACACCGGCGAUAGAACGCCGAAGAUUUCAGACAGCUCCUGCGGCAAAAAGUAUGCCAAUGUUCUCGUCGUUUGUGAUGACAUUUCUGAUCACCACUACCUCUGGUUACGGAUUUUCGGAUGGGAACUUGAGAAGUCAUACUGAACGUGCAUGUGAGGGAUAUGACAUACAUUUGAGAUGCCCAGGAAAGGAUAUUAUAAAUGUGCAAGCUGCAGCUUAUGGACGCCAGGACGACAUGACAUGCGUUGUGGAAUCCCAUGAGAUGCAAGACACACACUGUCGAUUACCUAACACAAAGGAAGUCGUAGCAAAAAGAUGCAAUGGAAACACAACGUGCGAUUUUAAGGUCGGUGACGGCGUGUUUCAAGAUCCAUGUCCAGGGACGAAGAAAUAUCUCAACGUUAUGUACGAAUGUGUCCCAUUCUUAAUCACCUGUCCCGGUAAACUUCAGAGCGCAUCAUUAUUUUCAAGAAAAUUAACGCCUUUAGAGGAUAACGCUGCUUGGAUGAAAGAUCCGUAUCAAGUAUCAGAAAGGCUGUUUUAUAUGGGAUACACUAAAUUUUUUACUCGUCAAUUAUAUGAAUAUGAAUCUAUAUCGGACAUGAUAGGAAGAGAACCAAAAUCGUUCUAUCAUUUACGCCAAUCUGUAGAUGGAACUGGCUUUGUGGUCUACGACAGAAGUCUGUUUUUCACACCGGAGGGUACCAAACAAGUCGUCCGUUACGAUUUAUCCACCCAACGUGUGGAAGCUACUGUGGAGCUACCGGCAGCGAAUCAUGACGGAACGUCGCCAUAUGCUAUUGGACUUUCUACCGAUAUAGACUUAGCUGUUGAUGAAAAUGGAUUGUGGGCUAUUUACGCUACAGAAUAUAACGAGGGAAAAAUUGUCGUGAGCAGGUUGAGGCACCACAACCUUGAAAUUGUCAAAACCUGGACUACCUCCUACGACAAGUUAUCUGCUCUCAACGCCUUCAUGGUCUGCGGAGUUUUAUAUGUCGUCAAUUACGACACACUAAAAAUUGACCAUAUGUUUAAUACCACUUCUAAUAUCGGGUCAAAUAUUAACAUCGCCAUGCCCGGAUUGACUAAAAACACUUCGACUAUAAAUUACAACCCGAAAGAACAAAAGCUCUACGUAUGGGAUAAAAAAUUGGCUAUCACCUACCGACUAAAUUUCGAGCCUCUCGUCACGGAACCACCGCCGACUACGACGACUUCCACAACCACGACAACUACUACGACAAGGAGGACUAGUACUACUAUAAAAACAACAACGACGCCUAGUGGUGUUGCACCAAUAAAACCUAUCAGAACUUUUUGUCGCGGAGUAGAAGCAAGAGGCAUAAAGUGGCCAGAUACCAAAUUCAGAAGUGUUGCUAAAGAGCGAUGUCCAGGAUCUCCACAUGGUUUUGCUCACUGGAUUUGUGGGGGCAAUGCUACGAACCCCCAAUGGGCCACAGAAAACCCAGAUUUUACCCAAUGCGUUUCUGAAUGGAUUCGAGAAAUCGAGAAUCAGUUGGAUUACGGAAGAAUCAGCGCUGCGGAACUGAGUCAAAAAUUUACUGACACCCUCAGGCAAAAAGUGGACAUUGGUAAUCAGUUGAACAGUUGGGACAUUACCAGAUCGGUUGAACUUCUAAAAGCGUUUUUGAGAAAAGCAACUACAGAAAGACAAAGCGCCGCCAUGCUAACUGGCUCAGUAUUGAAGACUGCCAGUUUGUUAUUGGACCCAUCUUUGGAAGAUAGCUGGAAUUUUUUAACGCAUAGUAUGCAGAACCAACUUGCAACAAAACUCGUCAGCGUCGUCGAAGACACCGCUUUCUUUCUGGCUUACGACAUCUCAACAACCGUAUCCGCUAUGAGCGCUAACAAACCGAGCACAGCUCAAAAUAACAAGCUCAACUGGUCGGAGCGAAUGGUUUCUCUCGGUAUCAGAGUCGAUCCCAUUCCAAGUGACGUCACUGGUUCCGUGACGUCAUCAAAAUAUGAAAACGUGAUUUGGUCAACCGGUCAGGGUGAUUCAGUAAAGUUGGAUACUAAUGCGGUUUUGAAAGCUCUUGGCGAUUAUACUUCUUCAGAUAACAACUUACCAAAUCAGGGAGGACAUAAAAACCAAACCACAACACGCCAUCUAGCGGUUGUGCUUUUGGCUUUCCGUAAUUUGGGACAAUAUUUGAAAGACGACGAACUUUAUAAAACACAUCUUCAACCCGUAAAUUCUAAAAUUCUAUCAGUGUCGGCUGCUUCCAUUACACGGAUUACCAGCCUACCUACAAAAACAGACAGCUCUCCCUCGCCGGAUGAGGUCGAAGUCAGUGUCAUAGUUAACAGACAUCAGACCCUCGAUCUUGCUAAGCCCCUGGAAUUGACGAUCGCGCACAAAAGGACUGAUUUUGGUAACCAAGUUUGUGCCUACUGGGACCACACUAACCCGUCUGCCGCUGGACGUUGGUGGCGCAAAGGAUGUUACGCAAUUGACGUCAAUUCGACGCACAGUGUCUGCGAAUGCAAUCACAUGACGUCUUUUUCAGUUUUGUCAUCCAACAUUCCCUUCCCGACAAUGGGUUAUCAAGGAGAUUCAGGCGUUCAUGCCAGCACUAUUACAGCGCCAAUCGUAUCGCGUGAUGUACCGAUCUUGAGAGCCGGAUUGAGUGUUUCACUUUUCUUCCUGGUUCUGGUCGCAGCAACACUAUUUCCACUGAGCGCCUCCAAGCGUCUGCAAAGCGACAUCAACACCAUCCAUAAGAAUCUUAUCAUAUCGUUAAUAUCGACCGAAAUCAUUUUCUUAUGCGGAAUCGAUCGUACACUCGUUCCAGACGUGUGUGGAGCUGUAGCCGGACUUCUUCACUUCGGCCUGUUAGCUACGUUCACAUGGUCUGCAUUAGAGGCCUACCAUCUGAUGGUAGUGAUGAACGAUAUUACAGAACGACGCGAUAGAUGGCGCUGGUACUACGCUGUGGGCUAUGGCCUCCCAACCAUUGUGGUUGCCAUCAGCGCAGCCGCUGACCAUACCGGGUACGGCACGGGUGCUGUUUGCUGGUUGAAAACCAACGGAAGUUUUAUAUGGAGUUUCAUUGGUCCUUGCCUUUUCGUUAUUUUAUGUUGUGUAUUAUUUUUAUCCAUGACAAUGUACCGACUACAUCUUUAUACAAUCAGUUUUUCGGAUGCACCAAAGCAUAAGUCAAUCAGGUCGGGAGUGGCUCGUUCCUGUGCGUUGGGUUUUCUCUUGUGUGCACUGUGGAGUUGUGGUGUCUUAUGGCUCAGUAAUUUCCAACCAAGAGCAACCGCCAUCUUGUUUUGUAUUUUGAGCUCUUUUUACGGAAUCGCAGCCUUCUUUCUACAUUGCAUUUUACCAAGCGAGGUACGAAACCAUUAUUCCGCGUGUUUCUCGAGGGUCGCCAAAAGGUCACGUGGUCACUCAGACGCAAUGGACAUGCGUCAUCGUCACAUGUCUAAUAAUUCACACAACGGUAGGCUUGGCUCCUCUACAUCUCAUGCCGGUACGAUGCGCCAAGACGGAUCGACUUAUGGAGGAUACUAUACAACGAAUACAGGAUGUACAACUACUUUAUUACCUGUGUCAGCAGCGAGAAGCGCUGUAUUGGCGAUAGAUCAAGCACGAUGUGCAUCGGACAUGGAUAUCACUCGACUAACGCUUUUGGACAACUCACAUUUUGCGACUCAAGGUGCGAGAGGACACAGCGAUGGCUCGAACUUUGAAUUAAUGAACGAAACAAAUCCAAAGGCUCACAUAAACGCCCACCACACUCACCCUGGACAUGGUGCUGAAGUCUCGUGGAACGUCGCCGCGCCGAAUCAUUACGAACAACCACUGCCGCCGAUUCCAAAUUGUUCCACUAUAGCGUCUGGUGCUUCCGGUCACUACAAUCAUCUUCACGAGCAUUAUUCAAGCGGAAGUCAUCAUCACCUUGCUCCACCUUGUGGCCAGCCAGGACAAAGAUGUGGACACCCAGGUGGUCAUCGAUACAAUCACCAUUACGAAACCAUGGACCUCCCACUUUGCAAGGAAUGCCCGUCCGAAUUAGGAGUUCAAGUACAAAUGGGAAACGACGGGGAACCCCAGGCAGUUCACUACCGACACUGUUACGACGACACUCAGCACCGCACUGUGGCUUUUACCGCUCCACUAAGAAAAAGUCGGGGACCUUCUUACCCAUGUUGUGAUCCCAACGCCGAGCGCCCGGGAAGCAUGCACAAUUUGGGAGCUGAAUAUCAUCGUCGUUCUGGAUCUACUCCCAGCGAUUUUGAACACCCCGAAAAUCAGCCACAACAUGCCCCAAUGGCCGUAAACCGGGGUUAUAUGACCCAAGGUGCUCAACCCCCGAGUUACAACCCCAAAGCUUUUCCACCCCGUCGCGGUCAAAUCAAAAUGGGAACCGGAGGAUUGCAAAUGGCAACCAAGCGUGAAGAUUUUGCCCCGCCCCAAAGAAGACAGAAGCAAAAUAACUAUUAUGCUAACAGAGCCGGUAGAUCAUCAGACCCUUUAUCAACAGACCAAGGCUAUGACACGGACUCCCAACAACAAGUUUGUCGCGGGUGUUGCGACUCUCACAGCGAUAAUGAUCAUUCCUGUAGUCCACGCCCACCUUCCGCCCCCAAACCAACACUAGUGGUACGAUCUGUAGAGAAUUCAGUUCUUCCGAGCACGUCUGUAUUGGCGACUGUUGAAUCAGAUGACGGCGAGCCGAGACAGCAUCGUAUAAUUGCACCUAUUCCUAUAAAGCGGGGUCGAAGGUCAAGUAAACCUAACCCGAGAGCUUCCGCUUCCGACUUAUCAGACUGUGUUUCAGAAAACGAUAGAGAGGUCGAACGAAUCAUUUCAUCUACACACGAAUCUACCAAUUCAUCGCCAGCGGGACAUGGCGAUAGCGGUAACUUCGAAGACGAUGACCACAGUGCUGACCCGUCAACAAACGGUCAAAAAAUUCAUCCGAAUGUUAUUUGUCACGGCCCAGACGGUGAAGAGAUGAUUGACACCGCUUGUGGUGGACGUUUAAGUGUUGCUGAAAGCGUUACCAGUUGGUGCGCACACGCGGGUUCGAAUCCGCGUGCCGUCAAUUCUUCUUAUGGAAAAAAUAAUAAAAAUAAGUCCAAAAAGACGGCUGACCCGAACAUUAUUAUAGCAAACGCCAAAAGGCAACAGAACGAAAAUAACGAAAACAAUCGGCGAAAUGGGGAAUCGGUUUCUCAGCCAAGAUCAAAGACAUACGUUUAUACUUUGCCCGGUACUGCCGCGACCGGCACGAAAGCGAAAAUUGAUUUGAAAAGCGGAGGAAUUAGCAUGAUUACUAAUUUGUAAUUUAUUAAAAAAAUAUUAUUAUCACGCAUAUUCGUCACUUCAAAUAUCAGAA